GAACUUGCAAAUUCGUUUGGGUUCCCAAGAUGGUGUCAAUGAUCUCGUUCGGCUCGCUGAUUCCCGUAGACGCAUGUUUGGUUCUAAAUCUCUAUCCGAAUUCGAUUUAACUUUUCCUGUAUCUGGCAGCAUCGUUUUUGAUGCGCCUAUACUAGAAAUGACACCACAUGGAAUUGUUCGUCCCAUACUGUUGACGGCAGAAAAACGAGAUUACGCAAAUAUUAGCAGGCUAUUUGAUCUAAAUUUCACCACAAAUAGAAAAGCUUACUCACUCGAAAGGUUUGAUCCGCCCGCAUAUCUCGAAGAUAUACCUGACUUCUACAAUGAUUGGAGCGACUUAGUGUCUAAAGUAACAGAUUACAUUAUCGAUGCACAUAAGGAUACUUACAAUAUAGUUGGCUUACAAUAUUACAAUCCUAAAACAGUGAUAACGUCUGAGGAUGCAAUAGAAACUAAUAUUGUCUGGACUGCAUUUCCAAAGGGUGUUAAGAAGAAAGCAAUCACAGACACGGAACGUUGGAAGAUUGCUGACUCGUCACGUGAAGAUCAAGAUGAAUAUUGUGAAUGGAGCGUGGAGAGAGGAAUAGAUGGAAAAAUUGUCAAA